ACACAUUGACAGCAACAAAUUAAUAUAACUAUGGUUGUUGCUGAACUUGUCAGGGAAACCAUGAAGAAACCUUCUGUAAAAGUAACUGUGUCAUCAGAUUCUUCAAGUGCUGAGGAAUCGGAAGACUCGGAACAAGAAGUCGAACCUACUGAUAAUGUUGAGAUGAAUGAUGUUGAUGGAAAUGACGAUGAUGAAGCAGAUGCUGAUGUCGAGAGCAGUGGUGAAGGCGAGGACAGUUCCGACUCCGAAGGUGAUGACGCUGCAGUAACAAAUGAAGGCUGGGCGGAUUCUCUUGCAAAGAUCCUGGGAUCCAGUAAACCCAAGAACAAGAAGACAUUAGUAUUGUCUAGGGCAAAGAAACAUUCAGAGAUAGUAAAAAAAGAGACAAAUGAAAAACCUGCAUUUGAAGUCAUUGGUGAGACUGGUGAAGUCAAAAAGGAAGUGAAAAAAGAAGCUGUAGACGAAGAAGAUUCCACAGAACCCCCUGUCAAGAAAGUGAAACAUGAAAAACCAUCAAUACGAGUAAAACCAAACAUACUAGAAAAAGAUAGAGAGAGGUUACUGUCUAAAAUAGCUACAAAAGGUGUGGUACAGUUAUUCAAUGCAGUCAGAAAUCAACAGAAGUCUUUAGACACCCAAUUGGACAGAAAUGAUUUAUCUGAACACAAAAAAGAGAAAAUAUUAAAGAAGUUUGAUAAGAGAGCAUUUUUAGAUACUCUAAUGGGUCAAACCAAGUCAGUUAUUGUGGACAAAGAAACAAAACCACCCAAAGAUGAAGUAAAGGCAGAAGAUGAGAAACCUAGGUGGAAUGCUCUGAGGGAUGACUUCAUGAUGGGUGCCAAAAUGAAAGAUUGGGAUAAAGAGUCUGUUGAUGAAUAAAACUGUUUAUGUUGUAAGAAUUUUAAUAAACUAAGUACAUUA